AAACGCGGAAGUCGAAUGCCGUCGUCCCUAUCCGCGCAGUGGAGAGAAACAAAAAUGGCAGCUCACCGGCGUGGUGGCGCGGUUUCUUUGUUUAUACUGAUUAUUUUGUCGACCUUUGUCGUCGCGCACAGUCAGGACUCGACUUCGAAGCACGGUCGACACACGAGUGAGGCGGAAACUCCACGGAAAGCGCAAGAAACGGCCGAAGGAGGGGCCUGGGAAGCGACCGACGUUGAGGAAGAUGCUGCUCCUGACAACCGAGAGCCUCCUGCCCCUGUCAGUGAGCUCCCCGGAGCCGGACACCUGCGGAAGGAUGAUUUUCAAGAGGAGCUGGUUCUCAGACCUCUGCAGUCGGGUGAUAUUUACGCCAGCUUCCAGUUCCGUACGCUAUGGGAAACGGACUUCAUGAAAGGAAAUAAAGUGUCCCACUACCGGCUUUUCCCUAAAUCUCUGGGCCAGGUUAUCUCCAAAUUCUCAGUGCGUGAGCUCCACAUCUCCUUCACACAAGGGUACUGGAGGACCAUGCAGUGGGGGCAGCCUUAUGUGCCGUCUCCCCCUGGAGCUGAGCUCUGGGUCUGGUUCCAGGACUCUGUGACAGAUGUGGAUGGCACGUGGACUGAACUGACAAAUGUUUUGUCAGGGAUCUUUUGCGCCUCGUUGAACUUCAUUGACUCCACCAACAGUGUUCAGCCCAGCGCCUCCUUUAAACCGCUUGGGAUAGGCAACGUGACCGACCACCAUUUUCUUCGCUACGCCACCCUUCCACGUGAGAUUGUUUGCACCGAAAAUUUGACACCCUGGAAGAAACUUCUGCCAUGUGGCUCAAAGGCCGGUCUUGCUGUCCUGUUGACGUCUCAGAAACUCUUCCACAGCAGUUUUCAUUCUGAGGCAGUGCACAUCCGGCCGGUGUGUCAGGACACGCAGUGCACAGCUACGUCCUGGGAGCUGAGACAGACCCUGAAUGUUGUCUUUGACCUCCACACCUCUGGACAGGGCAAACAAGAAUGGUCUCUCUUUAAGAUGUUCGCCCGCACCCUCACAGAAGCUUGUCCUCUGGCUUCCUCCAGUAAAAUUUACGUUGACGUGUCCGACACCGCUGAGGGAGAGCAGUUUGAGCUGACUCCAGCUACUCCUCUGCUCAGCCAGGGGGUGGUGUUGGGGGAUAGACGCACCUUCUCUGUCUAUGACCUGACACAAGAAAGCACCUUUGGCUCAGCACGCUCCCUCAACUUGCUUAUUCGCUGGAUAUCUAGUGAGGGUCAAAUGCUGCGUCCCCUGCUCCAUGCAGAGCGUUAUGUGGCAGGUUAUGGACUGCAGACGGGAGAGAUCCACACGCUGAUAUACAACAACCACCCAUACAGGUCAUUCCCUGUGCUGCUGCUGGACUCGGUGCCCUGGUACCUUCGUCUUUACAUCCACACCCUCACCGUUACCAGCAAGGGCAAGACUAACAGCCCCAGUUAUACCCACUACGAGCCAUCCAAGGACCGAGUGAGACCUCAUCUGCUGGAGAUGCUGGUCCAGCUUCCUCCCAACUCUGUCACUGAAGUCACUGUGCAGUUUGAGAGAGCUCUGCUCAAGUGGACCGAGUACACCCCGGAUGCCAAUCAUGGCUUCUAUGUCGGGUCAUCAGUCGUCAGUUCUCUUGUUCCAAGCAUUGUUGCCACGGAUCAGAAUGCCACUCAGGAGCGCCCCCUUUUCAGCAGUUUUUUCCCCAGCAAAGAGGAGUUAGGCUACUUUGUACGUAUCUACACAGAACCUCUGCUGGUCAACUUGCCUACUCCUGACUUCAGCAUGCCUUACAACGUCAUCUGCCUGACCUGCACAGUAGUGGCAGUGGGCUAUGGAUCCCUCUACAACCUUCUCACACGUACUUUUCAGAUAGAAGAGCCCAGGCCAGGACUGGCUAAACGGAUCGCCAAUGUCAUCCGUAAGAUGAGGGGAGUGCCGCCGCUUUGAGGAUUGAUAAAUCAAUGGCAUGCAAAUGCAGAUUUACAUUUGGAUGAAAGACACUCUGCAGGUGAAGAAGUGUGUGAGCAAAUUGUCUUCGAGGUCUUAUAGACCAGAGAGAGGACACGUGAGUGUUUACAAACAUGGCACUAGUGAACGAUCUGCGCUUUUUUUGUCAGUUGUUUUCGUUUGUCUCAUCAGCGUGUAUUUAUUGGUAGUUAUGAACAUACUCCAGAUGAUCAAAUGUUCUGUUUGCACUGUUUGUGAAUGCAUUUGUACUAAGGCCUUAAUUAUUAAUGACAGCAGGAAUCUUGUGUUUGUCAAAGUCUCCCAUUUGUUUUCACUGGGAAUGAAGGCGACGGAAUGAAUUCAUGGUACGGGAAGACCAAAAGAGGGUGCUAGACUGCCUGCGGCCUGCCAGGUUAAAGAAAUGUUAUGGUAGUAUUUAUACACAUUUUAUACUUGCACUUCAUGAGGUACACCUGCAGAAUUGUAUUUAUUGCGUUAAGAAAUUAAUACCUUCAUGGAAGUGUCACUCAAAUUGCAGCAUUACAUUUUUUGUAAAGGCAUCAAUACUGAUACAACGCUAGGUUUGGAUCAUGCAGGUGUAACUAAUGAAGUGAACUGUUAAGGUCAACAAACAUGAUUUUAUUUGCUAGUUUUUUUCACCACCCCUUUUUAACUUGUGGGCAACUUGUAAUCAUGUGUAAUGUUUAUACUACUUUAUCUUAUUACUGCUCUGGAUCCAAGCAUACAGUGCAUCUUGUUUGUUAGUGUUUGACUGGUUCUAUUUUUCCUCACUUGUAUGUUCAGUGCAGUGUCAAGAUUGAUUCCAUAUCUAAAGUAAACAAAAGGGAGGUGUGUUAGAACUGUCACCACACAAAUGAGUUGUUACUUUGUUAUCCUGUACCAAAAACAUUACUGUAUGUCAUGCAUUUCUGCCCACUUUAUAUGCAAAUUGGUUUUAUAAUAAACAAAAUACCUUGUUCUAAUAA